GUCAGUAUUUGGCAGGGAGCGGCGGAGAGAAGCAUUUCCUAGAUACCGACAGCAACGCGUGCGUUCAUUCUGGUUCAUCACUGAAAGGCAAGCGAAAGGAUUUUGGUAUUUCAGCAAGCAAGACAGGCUAAGAAGGCAGUGUCUCUGGAAAUACGCUGAAAAUAUCAACUAUUAGGCUUCUGUUGGAAUACAAGAACUGACAUUUGUAAAGCAACCAUGACCAGUGCUACGUCCCCCAUCUUGCUGAAAUGGGACCCUAAGAGUCUGGAGAUCCGCACCCUGACGGUGGAGAGGCUGCUGGAGCCGCUGGUCACACAGGUGACCACGCUGGUGAACACCAGCAACAAAGGGCCGUCCAGUAAGAAGAAGGGUCGCUCCAAGAAGGCCCAUGUGCUGGCCAUGUCAGUGGAGCAGGCCACUCAGAACUUUCUGGAAAAGGGCGAGCAGAUCGCCAAGGACAGCCAGGACCUGAAGGAGGAGCUCAUCGCAGCCGUGGAGGACGUUCGCAAGCAAGGUGACACAAUGCGCGCGGCCUCCUCAGAGUUUGCCGAUGACCCGUGCUCGUCGGUGAAGCGGGGCACCAUGGUGCGGGCGGCCCGUGCUCUCCUCUCCGCUGUCACCCGGCUCCUCAUCCUCGCCGACAUGGCCGACGUCAUGAGGCUCCUGGCACAUCUCAAAGUCGUGGAGGAUGCUCUGGAGGGCGUGAAGAAUGCCACCAAUGAGCAGGACCUGGCCAACCGCUUCAAGGAGUUUGGGAAAGAGAUGGUCAAGCUGAACUAUGUGGCUGCACGCAGACAGCAGGAGCUAAAAGACCCGCACUGCCGUGAUGAGAUGGCGGCGGCGCGCGGCGCUCUGAAGAAGAACGCCACCAUGCUCUACACGGCCUCGCAGGCCUUCCUGCGGCACCCGGACGUGGCGGCCACGCGCGCCAACCGCGACUACGUCUUCAAGCAGGUGCAGGAGGCCAUCGGCGGCAUCUCCAGCGCCGCCCAGGCCACCUCCCCCACCGACGAGAAGCAUGGCCACACCGGCAUCGGCGAGCUCGCCGCCGCCCUCAACGAGUUUGACAAUAAGAUCAUCCUGGACCCGCUGACGUUCAGCGAGGCUCGCUUCCGUCCCUCGCUGGAGGAACGUCUGGAGAGCAUCAUCAGUGGCGCCGCCCUCAUGGCCGACUCGUCCUGCACGCGUGAUGACCGCCGCGAGCGCAUCGUGGCCGAGUGCAACGCUGUGCGCCAGGCUCUGCAAGACCUGCUGAGCGAGUACAUGAACAAUACCGGCCGCAAAGAGAAGGGCGACCCACUCAACUCCGCCAUCGACAAGAUGACCAAGAAGACCAGAGACCUGCGACGACAGCUGAGGAAGGCGGUCAUGGAUCACAUCUCCGACUCCUUCCUGGAGACCAACGUGCCCCUGCUGGUGCUCAUCGAGGCGGCCAAGAGCGGCAACGAGAAGGAGGUCAAGGAGUACGCGCAGGUCUUCCGUGAGCACGCCAACAAACUGGUGGAGGUGGCGAACUUGGCCUGCUCCAUCUCCAAUAACGAAGAGGGUGUGAAACUAGUGCGGAUGGCAGCCACCCAGAUCGACAGCCUGUGCCCACAGGUCAUCAACGCGGCCCUGACCCUGGCGGCACGGCCCCAGAGUAAAGUCGCUCAGGACAACAUGGAUGUGUUCAAGGACCAGUGGGAGAAGCAGGUGCGCAUUCUCACGGAGGCUGUGGAUGACAUCACCUCUGUGGAUGACUUCCUGUCUGUCUCAGAGAACCACAUCCUUGAGGAUGUGAACAAGUGUGUGAUCGCGCUGCAGGAGGGCGACGUGGACACACUGGACCGCACGGCGGGGGCCAUCCGCGGACGCGCCGCUCGCGUCGUCCACAUCAUCAACGCCGAGAUGGAGAACUACGAGCCGGGCGUCUACACUGAGCGUGUGCUGGAGUCCAUCAAACUGCUCUCUGAGACCGUCAUGCCACGGUUUGCAGAGCAAGUGGAGGUUGCUAUCGAGGCUCUGAGCACCAGUCCCCCUCAGGCAUUCGAGGAGAAUGAGUUCAUCGACGCCUCGCGCCUCGUUUACGAUGGUGUACGUGACAUCAGGAAAGCAGUUCUCAUGAUCAGGACACCAGAGGAGCUGGAGGAUGACUCAGACUUUGAGCAGGAAGAGUAUGACGCCCACAGCCGCACCAGCAUUCAGACAGAAGAUGACCAGCUCAUCGCCGGACAGAGUGCCCGGGCCAUCAUGGCGCAGCUGCCCCAGGAGGAGAAGGCCAAGAUCGCCGAGCAGGUGGAGAGCUUCAGGCAGGAGAAGAGCAAGCUGGACGCCGAGGUGGCCAAGUGGGACGACAACGGUAACGACAUCAUCGUGCUGGCCAAGCAGAUGUGCAUGAUCAUGAUGGAGAUGACCGACUUCACCAGAGGCAAAGGGCCACUGAAGAACUCCUCAGAUGUUAUUAAUGCUGCCAAGAAGAUCGCCGAGGCUGGCUCCAGGAUGGACAAGCUGGCCCGUGCGGUGGCUGACCAGUGCCCAGACUCGGCAUGCAAACAGGACCUGCUGGCUUACCUGCAGAGAAUUGCUCUCUACUGCCACCAGCUGAACAUCUGCAGCAAGGUCAAGGCUGAGGUGCAGAACCUGGGAGGAGAGCUCAUCGUCUCAGGGCUGGACAGCGCUACGUCUCUCAUCCAGGCCGCCAAGAACCUGAUGAACGCUGUGGUCCUGACGGUCAAGGCUUCCUACGUGGCCUCCACCAAGUACCAGAAGGUGUACGGCACAGCGGCCGUCAACUCGCCCGUGGUCUCUUGGCGUAUGAAGGCCCCCGAGAAGAAGCCCCUGGUGAAGAGGGAGAAGCCGGAGGAGUGCCAGACUCGCGUGCGACGAGGAUCCCAGAAGAAGCACAUCUCGCCUGUGCAGGCCCUCAGUGAGUUCAAGGCCAUGGACUCGUUCUAAAAUGGCCUCGUUGCAAGGAAAAGUGGAAGAAAACGUGAGCUCUUUCCUCUCCUGACCCCCUCAAUAACAACAACAACAAAAAGGAUCCAAGCCCUUUUUUCCGUUUUGUUGUUUUGGUAAUGGCCACUGGUUUUCGUUUUUGUUUUCGCGCUGGGCUACGGUGCAGCAAGGUCCACUCGUAGCCAUAUUUAUGCCAAAUGAGGAUGGGCCGGCUAUCUUGCCUUGCACAGCUACCCAAAAGGGACACACUGAGGUCUACUCAGAAGCUUCUUCAAAAACCCCUUGAGGAGAGUACAGUUUACAGUUUGGCUUGAAUUAUAUCAAACUCAGUUACUGUGGUGUUUAUCUUCACUGGUAUUACUGCUGACAGGCCAUGUUGCAAUUAUAUGAAUGAAAAUAUUAAUAUAUGGUAUGGUAGUAUCAGCCAUAGCUGUUGAGGAUAUCAAUCAACCUAAAAACAAAAAAGAGGGGCUGAUACAUUUCUUCUUAUCGUAAUAUUUUGGUUGGAAUACGACCAGUAGUAAUAGGAAUAACUUAUGUUUAAAGUAUUUUCUUUUUUCCUUGUUCCUAAUAUCCAUAUGAUGCUCCAAUAAACUCUAGUUUUACCAUUUAAAAAAAUAAACAUUUAUUUAAACAUUCUCCUGUAUCACUAACUAAUAUUGAAACCUGGUGGGAUAUUGUGAGCGUACUACAUUUAGAUAUAUGGACAGGUUUGACUAGUUUUGUGGUUUGCUCAGAGAUUAGAAUCCUGCAUACCUUUAUAUUCACAAUUCUCUAAUAAACCCCUCAACUUGAACUUAAAAA